AUGAGCGAGAGUGAUGCUCUUUUCGAUGACGUAUAUGAGCUUCAUGAAAUUAUUGGAAAAGGGCCUUUCAGCGUUAUACGACGAUGUACUCGUAGGGAUACUGGUACUGAGUAUGCAGUUAAAAUAGUUGAUGUUGUAAAGUUUACAAGUAGUCCAGGACUUUCUACAGCAGACUUAAAACGUGAAGCGAGUAUAUGCCACUUACUGAAGCAUCCACAUAUUGUUGAAUUAGUAGAAACUUACAGUAGUGAUGGAAUGUUAUACAUGAUAUUUGAAUAUAUGAAAGGUGCUGAUUUGGCAUUUGAAAUUGUGAAACGUGCAACAGCUGGCUUUGUUUAUAGUGAAGCAGUGGCAAGUCAUUAUCUACGACAAAUUCUAGAAGCUAUACAUUAUUGUCAUGAGAAUAAUAUUAUUCAUCGUGAUUUAAAACCACAUUGUGUUGUCUUAGCAAGUAAAGAGAAUUCAGCACCUGUAAAACUUGGCGGUUUCGGUCUAGCCAUACAUCUAAAUUUGGAUACAAAUCAAGUGAAUGGAGAUUCACCGAUAACGGUUGAUCAAGAAAUUUUUGUUUCUCUACGUUCUGAUCAGUGUGGUCGCAUUGGAACUCCACAUUAUAUGGCUCCUGAAAUGAUUCGUCAUGAACCAUAUGGAAAAGCUGUAGAUGCAUGGAGUUGCGGUGUUUUAUUGUUUCUUCUACUUAGUGGUUCUUUACCGUUUUAUGGAACACGAGAUGUUUUAUUUACACAAAUAGUCUCUGGACGUUAUCACCGUCAACCUCAAGUAUGGAAUAUGAUAUCACCGGAAGCAAGAGAUUUAGUAUCACGUUUAUUAGAAGUGGAUCCAACACAGAGAUUAACAAUUGAAGAAGCUUUACGUCAUCCAUGGAUUAGUCAAAAAGCUCGUGCAUCUAAAACACAUCUACAUGAAACAGUUGAAGAAAUGAGGCGUUUUAAUGCUAGGCGCAAACUUAAGGGAGCUAUUCUAGCUGCUGUUUCAAGUACAAAAUGGGCAAGCUUCUACACUGAGCCGAACAUUCUCUCUGAUGACGAUAUUUUAGAUGAAGAUGAUGAAGUCACAUCAGCUGCUGUUAGUGCUGUAUUAGACAGUUUUGAAGAGAUGCAAUGUCUUACAGAAUGUUUUGAAAAAGAUUCUGAUCUAUUUCAACCAGUAUUUGAAGAUGAACAUUUACAUUGUUUAUUAGAGCUCUAUGAUCAUAUUAACACACAUUCACCAGGCAGUGAUUUUCAUGUUCCUGCUGAUGCAACAGAAAUUUGGGCUAAAGUAAUAACAGAAUUAUCCGUAUUGAAUAAAACAGAAAUGAUGUCGACUGUUGAAGAAUUAAAAUUUUAUAUGAAACAACCUCACUUUCGUGCAUUAUUACAAACGUAUGAUGUAAUAGCUCAAGAAGUUUAUGGCCCUGAAGCUAUUCGUGUCACUCCACCACCAUUGUCAUCAUUUUUAAAUGGUGAUGAAGAUGAUCAUAUGGAAUCAGAUACAGAUCAACCACAAGUGACACGUGUACGUUUGGUACAAUUUCAAAAGAAUACAGAUGAACCAAUGGGUAUUACAUUAAAGCUAAAUGAAGAGAAUAAGUGUAUUGUUGCAAGGAUUCUACAUGGUGGAAUGAUACAUCGACAAGGUACUUUACAUGUUGGAGAUGAGCUACGUGAAAUUAAUAAUGAACCAGUAGCUGGUCGAUCUGUUGAACAUUUACAACGUUUAUUGCGUAAUGCUCGUGGAAAUGUGAGUUUGAAAAUUAUUCCCAGUUAUAGAACACAUCCAUUACAAUGUGAAAUCUAUGUUCGUGCAAUGUUUGAUUAUAGUCCUGAAACUGAUGAUUUAAUACCAUGUACUCAAGCUGGUAUACAUUUUCAUAUUGGUGAUAUAUUACAAAUUAUUAGUAAAGAUGAUCAUAAUUGGUGGCAAGCUCGUUUAUGGGGUUCGGAUUGUCAAGCACCAGCGGGUUUAAUUCCUAGUCCAGAACUUCAAGAAUGGCGUAUGGCAAAUAAAGCAGCUGAAUUAUCACGUGAAAUGGGUAUUACACAUUGUGGUGCAUGGUUUAAACGUCGUAAACGUCAUUUUAAAGAUAAAUACAAAAAUAAACAUUCAGCUAUUUAUGAUCAAUUAGAUUUAGUUACUUAUGAAGAAGUUGUCAGAUUACCACAAUUUCGUCGUAGAACAUUAGUAUUACUUGGUGCACAUGGUGUUGGACGACGUCAUAUUAAAAAUUGUUUAAUUCAAUCAUCACCUGAUAAAUUUGCAUAUCCUAUUCCUCAUACAACUCGUACACCACGUAAAGAUGAAGUGAAUGGAAAAAAUUAUUAUUUUAUUUCACAUGAUGAAAUGAUACGUGAUAUUGCUAAUAAUGAAUACUUAGAAUAUGGUUCACAUGAAGGAGCAAUGUAUGGUACAAAAUUGGAUACAAUAAGACAAAUACAUGCAACUAGUUUAAUUGCUAUAUUGGAUGUUGAACCACAAGCAUUGAAAAUAUUACGUACUGCUGAAUUUGCUCCAUGUAUUGUAUUUAUUGCAGCUCCAACUCUCACUAAUAUCACUAAUGGACAGAAUAAUAGUAACAAUAAUGGUAAUGAUAAUGUGAGUUGCGUAAUAUCAUUUUUACAAACGGAUUUAUAA